CACACUGGCCGUGUCAUAGAGCGUCUUCGAGUCGCUUUACUGGAGCCAACUAACUCUGGUGAGGUCUCUAAUGAUGACGAUCUCGCCGGCAGGAGACGCUUGUUGAUCGGUCCCACUGACGGCAGAACUCGCGGCCCUGAGAAACUGCUGCUGGCAGACCUCUUCUCAUCUGGCUCACGCUCGGAUUCGCUGGAACCCUCUGAUGGUACAGAUCCGCAUUUGCUGUCUAGUUCCAUUCGUGUAUCAGGAAAUGGAGCAUCUCACACUGGCCCACCAAUGGUUACAAUUGUCCACUUGUUGACGGAUCGCAUCUCCGUGAUGAAGUUUCCUCAAGAGUGCAUUGUGCGUCCGAUGCGCGUAGAUCUUUCUGAAAAAGUCUUGGAACGACUCGAG